AUGCUCGGAUCCAAGGCUCAAGCUCUAGUCCCAGCACUUAGGUUGGGGAUCACAAAGGCUGAGUGCGGAUUUUUAGCAUUUGGGCUCAGCGCGGUUAUUUUUUUGUUAGCUCUCUCAAAUGAAACUCGUGAACCUGUGGGCGGCUGCCACGUGCCAGUUCCCACCGGUUUCGCGACCCGGGACGUGCCUCUAACCGACUUCCUUGAAUGGCAGGUGAAGGUAUCUGGCAAUACGUUUCGUUCUGAGCCAGAGCUCGAGGAGGAAGAAGAAGACGACGACGACAACCCAGAAAAAGCUCCGCGCUUCCUGAUCGAAGCUCGACACGCGCUCCUGCCCAAGAUCGCCGGCGGAGAUCCGGAGCCGGCGACGUGCGGAGCGCGGCGAACGGAGGAGGGUCGGGCGAGGCCCGACCCUUUCCUGGUCGUUUGCCGGUGCUUCAGCGUCGUGACCGCGAUCUGCGCCAUCCUCUGCAUCGCCGUCAAUGUCCUCUCCGCCGUCCGCUCCUUCGAGAAUGGAUACGACGUUUUCGACGGCAUUUUCCGGUGUUACGCGGUGGUGAUAGCGUUUUUCGUCGUGCUCGCGGAGACCGAGUGGGGAUUCAUUGUCAAGUUCUGGAAGGUAUUGGAAUAUUGGGCUGGGAGGGGCAUGCUGCAGAUCUUUGUUGCAGUGAUGACAAGAGCUUUCCCAAACUAUACUGAGGAGGAGCAAGAGCUUGUUCUUCUUCAGAACAUUGCAGCUUAUAUGCUCCUUGCUUGUGGUGUAGUAUAUGUUGUUUGGGAAUUCUGUGCAUAGGCUUGUUGAAACGUUCUCGACAGAAGAAAGAAAUAUCAAGGGACCAGGCAGUGAAGGACUUGGAGGAACUGGAACGGCGCAGGGAAGAACUUGAACAAUUGCUUAUUGUGGAAACGGAGCAGGGAAGAACUUGAACAAUUGCUUAUUGUGGAAACGGCGUGAAGACACUUUUUUUUGCGUUACUAGCAGGACGUCUUCUUCUCAAACUCCCAAUCAAGAGACCAAGGAAAUGAUCUCUCUGGAUAUUCUGACCCGAUUCUCAUGAGUGUUGCUUUCUUAUUUUUGUAGUUUUCUUUACGGCGAUAGUAUCAUUUUGAACUUUUGUCGAGUGAU